AGUGUCCGGCUGGCGUGGGCUCACCAGGCCGCACCCACUAAACCGCGCCGGAGCGGGACACGCAUGCGCCGGCCCGGACCCGGCACCCAGUAACGGACUCCAGCUCCCCCCACCGGAAGUGGGCAGUAGCGCUCCGGGAAGAGCCGUCCGAAGCGUGGCGGCCGCAGACUGUGGGUGCUGGGUCCGAGGGACUCGCGCUUUCGUCUCCGUGCCAUGGCGCCAGCGAAGGCCACGAACGUGGUGCAGCUGCUCCUGGGCUCUACCGCGCUGUGGCUUUCGCAGCUCGGUGCCGGGACGGUCGCCGCGUCCAAGUCGGUGACGGCCCACUUGGCCGCGAAGUGGCCGGAGACCCCGCUGCUGCUGGAGGCAAGUGAAUUUAUGGCAGAAGAAAGUAAUGAAAAAUUUUGGCAGUUUUUGGAAACUGUGCAAGAAUUAGCAAUUUAUAAGCAAACAGAAUCAGAUUAUUCUUAUUACAACUUAAUCCUGAAGAAAGCUGGACAGUUUCUAGACAAUUUACACAUCAACCUCUUAAAGUUUGCUUUCUCUAUAAGGGCAUACUCCCCAGCUAUUCAGAUGUUUCAGCAGAUUGCAGCUGAUGAGCCACCACCAGAUGGUUGUAAUGCAUUUGUGGUUAUCCAUAAGAAGCACACCUGUAAAAUUAAUGAGAUUAAAAAGCUGCUGAAGAAAGCUGCUUCAAGGACUAGACCUUAUCUAUUUAAAGGAGAUCAUAAAUUUCCCACAAACAAAGAGAACUUACCAGUGGUGAUUCUCUAUGCCGAAAUGGGUACUAGAACAUUUAGUGCAUUUCACAAAGUAUUGUCUGCAAAAGCUCAAAAUGAGGAAAUUCUGUAUGUUCUUCGCCAUUAUAUUCAGAAACCAAGCUCACGGAAAAUGUACUUAUCUGGGUAUGGUGUGGAGCUAGCAAUUAAGAGUACAGAAUACAAAGCAUUGGAUGAUACCCAAGUUACAACUGUGACUAAUACUACUGUAGAGGAUGAGACUGAAGCAAAUGAAAUUCAAGGAUUUCUCUUUGGGAAACUAAAAGAAAUAUAUUCAGAUCUUAGAGAUAAUCUGACAGCAUUCCAAAAAUACUUGAUUGAGAGUAACAAGCAAAUGACGCCUUUGAAAGUCUGGGAACUACAAGAUCUUAGUUUUCAAGCAGCUUCUCAAAUAAUGUCCACUCCAGUUUAUGAUGCCAUUAAAUUAAUGAAAGACAUUUCACAGAACUUCCCUAUAAAAGCCAGAUCUCUAACCAGAAUUGCUGUAAAUCAACAUAUGAGAGAAGAAAUACAGGAAAAUCAAAAGGAUCUUCGAGAUAGAUUUAAAAUUCAGCCAGGUGAUGCUCGUCUGUUUAUAAAUGGCCUUCAUGUUGAUAUGGAUGUUUAUGACCCUUUUAGUAUUUUGGAUAUGCUGAAAUUAGAAGGAAAAAUAAUGAAUGGCCUUCGCAAUCUUGGGAUCAAUGGGGAAGAUAUGAGCAAAUUUUUAAAAUUAAAUUCACACAUUUGGGAAUAUACUUAUGUAUUAGAUAUUCGACAUUCUUCUAUAAUGUGGAUUAAUGACUUGGAAAAUGAUGAUUUAUAUAUUACAUGGCCUACCAGUUGCCAGAAACUUCUGAAGCCAGUAUUUCCUGGAAGUAUUCCUUCCAUAAGACGCAAUUUUCAUAAUUUGGUUCUGUUUAUUGAUCCGGCCCAAGAAUAUACCUUGGAUUUUAUAAAACUUGCUGAUCUUUUCUAUUCUCACAAAGUUCCUCUUAGAAUUGGUUUUGUGUUUGUUCUUAAUACAGAUGAUGAAGUUGAUGGAGCAAAUGAUGCUGGAGUUGCUCUUUGGCGAGCUUUCAACUAUAUUGCAGAAGAAUUUGAUAUAUCAGAAGCAUUUAUUUCUAUAGUACAUAUGUACCAAAAAGUGAAGAAGGAUCAAAAUAUACUCACUGUGGACAAUGUGAAGAGUGUUCUCCAAAAUACAUUUCCUCAUGCUAAUAUUUGGGAUAUUUUGGGAAUUAAUUCUAAAUAUGAUGAAGAAAGAAAGACUGGAGCAAGCUUUUAUAAGAUGACUGGCCUGGGACCUUUGCCUCAAGCUCUUUAUAAUGGUGAACCCUUUAAACAUGAAGAGAUGAAUAUUAAAGAACUAGAAAUGGCUGUUCUUCAAAGAAUGAUGGAUGCAUCUGUAUAUUUACAAAGAGAAGUUUUUUUGGGCACGUUAAAUGAUCGCACGAAUGUAAUUGAUUUUCUAAUGGAUAGGAAUAAUGUUGUACCCCGUAUAAAUUCUUUGAUUUUGCAUGCUAACCAGCAGUACCUCAAUUUAAUAUCUACAUCAGUAACUGCUGAUGUUGAAGAUUACUCCACUUUCUUUUUCUUGGAUUCACAAGAUAAGAGUGCUGUAAUUGCGAAGAACAUGUAUUAUUUAACCCAAGACGAUGACAGUAAAAUUUCUGCAGUCACUCUCUGGAUUAUUGCAGAUUUUGAUAAGCCUUCUGGGAGAAAACUUCUUUUUAAUGCAUUAAAGCACAUGAAAACAAGUGUUCAUAGUCGAUUGGGGAUUAUUUAUAAUCCUACAUCAAAAAUAAAUGAAGAGAACACAGCUAUUUCUAGAGGAAUUUUGGCAGCUUUUCUUACACAGAAGACCAGGUUUUUGAGAAGCUUUCUUGGGCAACUGGCAAAGGAAGAAACUGCUACAGCUAUUUACUCUGGAGAUAAAAUUAAAACAUUCCUUAUUGAGGGGAUGAAUAAGAAUGCUUUUGAGAAAAAAUAUAACACUGUUGGAGUGAAUAUUUUUCGAACUCACCAGUUGUUCUGUCAAGAUGUACUUAAAUUGCGUCCUGGAGAAAUGGGUAUUGUCAGCAAUGGGAGAUUUUUAGGACCUUUAGAUGAAGAUUUGUAUGCAGAAGAUUUUUACUUGUUGGAAAAGAUAACAUUUAGUAAUUUAGUAGAGAAAAUUAAAGACAUUGUUGAAAAUAUGGGAAUCAACUCAAAUAACAUGAGUGACUUUAUUAUGAAAGUUGAUGCCCUUAUGUCCUCUUUGCCUAAGCGUGCAUCUCGAUAUGAUGUCACAUUUCUUAGGGAGAAUCACAGUGUUAUAAAGAUGAAUCCUCAAGAGAAUGAUACGUUCUUCGAUGUCAUCGCUAUUGUUGAUCCAUUGACAAGAGAAGCACAGAAAAUGGCACAAUUAUUGGUUGUACUUGGCAAGAUUAUCAACAUGAAGAUAAAGUUGUUCAUGAACUGUAGGGGCAGGCUUUCAGAAGCCCCUUUAGAGAGCUUUUACCGUUUUGUUCUGGAACCAGAACUGAUGUCAGGGGCUAAUGACGUUUCUUCUCUGGGACCGGUGGCAAAAUUUUUGGAUAUUCCUGAAUCACCCCUCCUAACCCUCAACAUGAUUACUCCAGAAGGCUGGUUGGUUGAAACAGUACACAGCAACUGUGACCUUGAUAAUAUUCACUUAAAGGAUACUGAGAAAACUGUUACAGCAGAAUAUGAACUAGAAUACUUACUCCUCGAAGGACAUUGCUUUGAUAAAGUGACAGAACAGCCUCCUCGGGGUCUGCAGUUCACACUAGGCACAAAAAAUAAACCAGUUGUGGUUGAUACAAUAGUGAUGGCCAAUCAUGGGUAUUUUCAAUUAAAAGCAAACCCAGGUGCUUGGAUACUGAGGUUACACCAAGGAAAAUCUGAAGAUAUUUAUCAAAUAAUUGGCUUUUUAAAUUUUGUGCAAACUACAUUGCCAGGAACUCAGUAUUUCUAUAUCUGCCACUACUGUUUCACCAUUAUGUUUUGCAAAGGGAGAAACCCUUUAUUUGAAUUGAGGAAGGAGAGAGAUGUUAAACAAGGUUUUCCGUUCUUUCUCCGCAGGCAUGAAGGAACUGACUCUCAAGCAGACCUAGAAGAUAUCAUUGUUGUAUUAAACAGCUUCAAAAGCAAGAUACUGGAAGUAAAAGUGAAAAAAGAAACAGGCAAAAUUAAGGAAGAUAUCCUUACCAAUGAAGAUGAAAAAACAAAAGGAAUGUGGGAUUCCAUUAAAAGUUUCACAAUAAGGUUGCAUAAAGAAGAAGAAAAGGAAAAAGAUGUCCUAAACAUUUUUUCAGUUGCUUCUGGUCAUUUAUAUGAACGUUUUUUAAGAAUUAUGAUGCUUUCUGUUUUGCGUAACACCAAAACACCAGUGAAAUUCUGGUUGCUAAAAAAUUAUCUCUCACCGACAUUUAAAGAAGUAAUUCCUCAUAUGGCUAAAGAAUAUGGAUUCCAAUAUGAACUAGUUCAAUAUAGGUGGCCCCGUUGGCUUCGUCAGCAGACUGAAAGACAAAGGAUUAUUUGGGGUUACAAAAUUCUUUUCCUUGAUGUUCUUUUCCCACUAGCAGUGGACAAAAUCAUUUUUGUUGAUGCUGACCAGAUUGUGAGACAUGAUCUAAAAGAACUUCGAGAUUUCGAUCUGGAUGGAGCUCCUUAUGGGUAUACUCCAUUUUGUGAUAGCCGCAGGGAAAUGGAUGGGUAUCGUUUCUGGAAAACAGGAUACUGGGCAUCACAUCUUUUAAGACGGAAAUAUCAUAUCAGUGCUUUAUAUGUAGUGGAUCUCAAGAAGUUCAGGAGAAUUGGAGCAGGUGACAGGCUCAGGGGCCAGUACCAAGCUCUCAGCCAAGAUCCAAACAGUCUUUCAAACCUAGAUCAGGAUCUCCCCAAUGAUAUGAUUUACCAAGUUGCCAUUAAGUCUCUUCCUCAAGACUGGCUGUGGUGUGAAACCUGGUGUGAUGAUGAAUCCAAACAAAGAGCCAAAACAAUUGAUCUGUGCAAUAAUCCCAAAACAAAAGAACCCAAACUAAAAGCUGCUGCCAGAAUUGUCCCAGAAUGGGUGGAGUAUGAUGCUGAGAUAAGACAACUGUUAGAUCAUCUUGAAAACAAGAAGCAAGAUACAAUUUUGACACAUGAUGAACUCUAGCACUGGUUUAUAUGAGAAGGAAGGCGAAAGCAUGACAGGAAACCUGACGCCUGCUGGGGAAGUGUGGAGCCCCUGCUGAGACGAUUUGGAAGUCUCAUGAAGAUCAGUGACAUAUUCUUUAAUUUUAAAAAUUUGUAAUUAUUUAAAACAGGUAUUUAAUGUAUUGAAUAAGUUUAAGUUAUAUAAUAAACGACCAUUGAGUAUUUAAAA